GGAGCCGUUAUCCUCCGUCAGACCGUCAGGAGUAACUUUACACAGAGCCUGAAUCCACGUCGUCCAUCUGAAGGAUAUAAAGGCUGUAAUCGACUGAUAUGGUAACCUGGCCAGCUCUCGUCCUUCUCAGCGGCGUUCUCCAGCUCCUCGUGGAUUUACCAGGCGUGUGUGGGCAGCAGGCGUUCAGGACGGAGCCGCAGAAUGUGACCAGGAGGGCCGGAGCCACGGCUCUGCUCAAGUGUGAAGUGCUGAGGGCCUCGGGGACCGUGCAGUGGGUGAAGGAUGGCCUGCUGCUGGGGCCACACAGGUCUCUGCCCGGCCACCCACGCUACACCAUGACUGGAGAUGAGAACAGAGGCCAGUACCACUUGCAGAUCGAAGACAUCCGCCUGGAAGACGACUCCCCCUACGAGUGUCAAGUGGGCCGAUCCAAAACCAGUCGUCCCAUCGUCUCCCGCACGGCGUGGCUCAACGUGCAAAUUCCUCCUUCAGAUCCCUACAUCAUGAUGGACUCUGAGGAACCAUGGGAGGAGGGGAAGGAGUACUCCGUCACCUGUGUGGCCCCCGAUGCCAAGCCGGCCGCUGAUAUUUCCUUCUUUAAAGACGGUGAGGAGAUGACAGAUCUGUGGUCGUUUACGAUGGACGGCUCGGAGGAUAAACUCCUCAGCACUCACACUAAAGUUACAAUCAGGGCGCAGCGUUUGGAUAACGGCAAACCCCUGGUGUGUCGGGUGAAGAAUCCGGCUCUCGCUCAAUCUCUAGAGACCAAAAUCUACAUGAAAGUUUACUUCCCUCCUCAGGCUCCAGUGAUCGAGGGUUUGAGGGGUGAUGAGGUGAAGGCUGGUACCUCGCUCAGGCUGGUCUGCAUCUCAUAUGGAGGAAAUCCUUUAGCCACUCUGCACUGGACCAAGAAUGGGGAGGUGUUAUCUACUAUCUGGGAGAUGGACACAGUGUCCAAUAAGGCCAGCAGUAUGUUGGAUAUGGAGGUGAAGCCAGAGGACAAUAAAGCUGUCCUGCAAUGUGAGGGAGCCAAUCAGGUGUCCAAAUCUAUGGAGAUCAGUCGAACCCUCACCGUGCUCUUCGAGCCGUUUAAAGUGGAGCUGGUGGGAUCGUCGGAGGCUGUGGAAGGAACGCAGGUGAAUCUGUGCUGCUUCACGAGCUCCAGUAAUCCACCCGUCCACAUCCGCUGGUGGCUCGGCUUCAAGGAGCUCAACAACACCGUCACCACCAUCACCGAGGGUGUGAACGGUGGGAUGAUGACCAUGUCCAACCUGACCCACGUCGUAUCCAGAGAGGAAAACGGACUCCCGCUCACCUGCGAGGCCUUCAAUAGAGGAACCCGUUUCUCCAGCGUCCAAACCUCAACUCUCAACGUCUACUAUCCCCCUCAGAAAGUCUGGUUAGACGCCCCGGCUGAAGGAACUCUGCUCCAGUCGGGCACCACCAUUCGGCUGGUCUGCUUCUCCAGUGGAGGAAACCCUACAGGCAAACUCACCUGGCUGAAGAAUGGUAAAGUACUGCAGGUCCCAUCUAAACUCAUCCAGUCUGAGCGUGGCGUGUCACGGGAGUACGUUUUUAAACUCCAACCCAGCGAUAAUUUAGCAACGUACCGCUGUGAUGCCACCAACGAGGCCAAGAAGGUUCGAUCAGCCGAGACCAAACUCCGCGUUCAGUUUCCUGCGGUGAGUCUGAAGAUCCUGGUGAAACAGGCCGAGCUGAGAGCCGGACACACGAUCAAUAUGGACUGUCUUGCAGGAAGCAGCAACCCUAAAGUCAAUAUUAGCUGGAGUCUGGGACCCACCAGUCUGACAGGAGUGGAGAAGACCCCGAGGCGGGCGGAGUUUGGUGGCCGUUCGGUCAGCAGUUCUCUGUCCCUUCCUCUCUCUUCUCAUCAUCAUGGUAAAAGAAUCACGUGUCAGGCCUUCAGUGCAGCGCUGUCUGAGCGAGUGAACACCUUCUACACCCUGCACGUGCUCUUUCCUCCAGAGUUUUCGGAGGAGCAGCCUGGCCUAGUGGAGGUGAUCGAGGACGACAGCAUCACGCUGCCUGUUAAAGUCUUGGCUAAUCCAGACGAUAUCACAUGUGACUGGAUCUUUCGUGGAGAGAAAGUGGAUCGAGAUCGGGAUCAUCGGUACCACUUCUCUGAUGCUCAUGAUCUGGAGAUCUGGAACGUGACGAGGCGAGACGCUGGCGUUUAUACGGUGGAGUGUAGCAACGCUGAAGGAAAGCAGAGCACCAACAUCAAACUGGAUGUUCAGUAUGCCCCCAGUUUGAAGAUGAAGACGGAUCCUGUGUUUGUGGAUGUAGGAGAGACUGCAGACUUGAUAUGCAUCGCUGAUGCCAAUCCCAUCACUAGUGGCAUGUUCUCCUGGAAGUGGAUGGGUGAUGGUGAGGUGGAAGAGUUGGGCGAGCAAAGUCAGGAUGAGUCGACUGCUAUCUUGACUGUACAUGAGGUGACCCGAGCUCGAGCAGGUCCUUACCAAUGCACAGCGGAUAAUGGCAUAGCACCCCCUGCCAGCGUGGUGGGUCAGCUCAUCGUACGCUUUGCUCCAGUGCUGCACAAGGGGCCACAAUGGAGGAAGGUGGCGAGUCGGGGCGAUGGCACUACCGAUGCUGACGUACUGUGCCAGGCUGAAGGAGUUCCACGCAUUCAGUUUAGCUGGGCGAAAAACGGCGUCCCACUCGACUUCAACAACCCACGGUAUCUAGAAAGGACAGUAAGGGAGGGCAGCAUACACACCAGCACUCUGACUGUGGUGAACGUUACCGCGGCUCUGGACUACGCCGUCUUCACUUGCACUGCCCGAAACAGUCAGGGGGAAGACGCACUGGACAUCCAGCUCCUCAGUACCAAUUAUCCUGACCCCCCCUCAAACCUAAAGCUACUGAGUGUCUCGCCCAGCUCUGUGACUCUGGAGUGGAUGCCGGGCUUUGACGGAGGUCUCAUCCAGAAUUUCCGGGUCAGGUAUCGGUGGGCAGGAUCCACGAGUUACCAGUACGUGGACGUGUUUCCCCCGAGAGCCACCGUGUACUCAGUGAGCGGCCUGAGACCUUCUACCAUCUACAACUUCUCAGUUAACGCCAUCAACUCUAUCGGAGAGAGCAGCUAUGCUGAUAAUGGCGCAGUAAUCACCGUCACCACCAAUUCUGCUCCUGAGCCAGAUGUUCCCCAUCCUGAAGGCCCAGUUCAUGAAGAAGUUUCUGUGAUGCCUGUAUACAUCAUUCCCAUUGUGGUGGGAGUUCUCCUGUUGGUCAACGCACUGGGCUUCUUCCUGUUGGUCAAGUGGAAAAGAGGACGGAGUCUGAAAGGAAAUGGGGCAAGCAGCUUUUCAGAGGGCAAGACGAGCAGCUACGAGGGGUCAUCGACGAGCAGCAAGGAGCUGAUCAACGCCUCUGCACAGCGAACCAUGAUCAUUGACACGAGCUCAGAGAGCAACAGCAGCAUCUACGAGAGCUACGGAGGGAGCGCUCACUACUACUACCCCACUGAGGCCUUCAGUCCUGCUCUCUAUCCUCAUCUGGAGAUUCCAGAGGAACUAGGUAGCAGGAACAUUAUGAACCCAAUCAGCCAUGAUUAUGAGGAGGUAAGAGAUUAUGGAGCGUACCAGGAUCUGCUGGGCUCGACACUUUUACCUAUAACAGCUCAUAAUUUAACAGCUGAUGGACCAAGCUGGGCACCACCUACCACGUAUGAGGGUCGACGGCCCGGCGCAGCAGAUCUGGACCCGGCGAGCGGAGUUUAUAAUUCCACGUCUUUUAGGCGAAGGAAGAAUUCUGACUUACCCUUCGAGCUGAGGGGCGAGCUGGUAUAAGAGUCACACGCUAAACACUUCUUUAUUGGCUUCGUAGCUACUCUGGGUGUUUUGAUUCACUCAUUUCUGUUAUUGACUUAGACAUGAAAUGUUUUGUAUGCAUUUGCCUCUAUUGUUUUAUCUAUUAUUAUAUCUAAUUACAUUCUUUGUUAUUUGUGUAAUUAUGCGUACAUUCUAAUAAAUCAUAUACAGUUUACAAUCA